AUGUUGGAUCAGGUGAAGCCCCGAACAUUGAUCCUGGUCCGUGGCAACGACGAGGAGAACAAGCAUAUAAAGGACUAUUGUGCAGCGAAUUUUGCGGACGAGACCGACGUCCUGGCGCCCACCGUUGGCGAGACGAUCAGCCUUGGCCUGAACAUGCAAUUCAUGGACAUUGAGUUGACCGACGAUUUGUGCUCGCGCAUCAAGUUCAAGCCGUUAAAUGACGGCGGGCGAAUGGCGUGGAUCAACGCGCGGAUGCUGACGAGAAGACGCCUGAAGGAAAAGCUACCGGAGGAGAUGAGGGCGCGAUAUGCUGAGGGUGGAGAUGAAGACACGAUAGUGGCUGAAGUCUGCCCGCCCAAGCUGGCCAUCACUCACGAGUCCGUCUACAUGAACGAGGUCAAGCUGAUGGACCUCAGGGACGAGGUACGGAAGAAGUGUGAUCAAUCGCUGACCGACAAGGAUGAAAUGGUGGACCUACGCGAGGGCCGGCUGCUCAUUGGCCAGCGGUUUUCGAUGAAACGCGUCGAUGCGGGCAACUUUUUCAUUGAAGGAAAAUAUGGGGCUAGCUACUUCAAAUGGCGGGAAUACUGCGUCAAGAAAUUCGCGCACGCU